AACUCAUCUUCCUCGACCGGGUCUUCUUCUCCUGACUCCAUGCCCGGUUAGGUUCCCAACUCCUCUAUUCCCGACCCGCAACCUGUUAAUCAGAUGCCCGGUGAAGUUUUUAUGGGGAGGGAUGACCCGGUUGAUGACGAACCGGGUCCCUACGACCCUGAAAACGAAACCCGGGAUGCGUGGGAGGAGCGGCUCCAUGCCGCCGGUUACUUUCCGCUCCCCACCUUCUACGUCCUUGACAUUCCCUCCCAUGUUUCCAAAAUUGCUUUGAACAAAAUCCGUAGGAGGCUCCCGGAUGGGUAUACCCUUUUGUAUGAACAUGAUUGGUCUAAUAUUGUUGAGUCCCACCGGGAGGAUAGGAUAGGGUUUCACACGAUUUCCCUAGAAGCGGGCAUCGUUUUUCCUCUUCGCCCGCUCCUAACCGAAGUAUGCCAUGCGUUUAGGAUUUUACCCAGCCAAAUAACCCCUAACGCCCACCGGUAUCUUCAUUCCUUUGUGAAUAUCUGCACUCAUCUGAAAAUCGUCCCCUCCUUGCGUCUUUUCCUUUUUUGCUUUGAAGUCCUACCGGGCGGGACUGGCUGCGAAGGUUUUGUAUUCUUCAAAGCCCGUACCGGUAGGAAGUUCAUUUCUGAAGUCCCCCAGAGUAACCGGGGAUGGAAGGAAAUAUUUGUUUUCAUCGAGUUUCCUCCCUUCGUCACUCCUUUGGCCGGUCUGAAAUGGAACGACCAUCUCCUCGACCAAGAGUACGCUGCACCGGCUUCCUCCCCUGACUUGGAAGCGAAUCUUGAGGUCCUCAUGCGCGGGGAUCCUUUAACCGGGAGGGUCUUCCAUUAUGGCAGCUGGGUUUGGAGGGUGGAGUCGGGUGGUGAGGGUACCUCCCAGGCCCAUGAAGCAGCGGGGCGCGGGGUACCCUCCCCGGGCAACACUGCAGAGGCGGAGGGCCAGAACCACCCAGAUAUGGAGUUCGAGGAGUUUGCCAUUCCCGAUGACCAACCAGCGGGAGAAACCGGGGGCUCCCAGGCGAACCCUACCAAAACCUUCCCGGUCAAUCAAGAGACCGUGGAGAUUUUGGAUGAGGACAAACCGCAAGACUACCGGUCUAAGGGGAAGGAGAAAGAGAAGACUGGUCGUCGGACCAAGAAGGUGGCCACCAACCAUCCCUCUGCCAUGAACAAGAGGCAGAGGACAGAUCCUGGUGCGGCCCAUCAGACCGUGGAGGAAGCCUACAUCAACCUCGGUCUGCGGCUGAGGGAGAUUGGGCCCAUCACCGCCGACCGGUUGGGAAUGGACUCUCCAACUGAGGUGGCCAGGCUGAAGAAGAAGAACGAAGAGCUGGCCCUCAUCCUAAAGAGCCAAACGGAUGAGCUGGCCAAGUUGUCAAAGAUGGUCGGGUCCUUGGGGGCAGAGAACACCCGGUUGAAGGAGGAGAACGGCCAGCUGCUGGACAAGGUCUCCGAAACAAAAAGGGAGAUGGCGGAGAAGGAAGAAAACUUCCCCGGGCGCGCAGCUGCCUGGGUUGAGGAAAAUAAGGCCGAAGCUGCCCGGGUGCUGACGGCGAGCCCAGAGGCCACCAUGGAAUCCUUCAGGCUUCUAUACCGGGAGCCUGAAGGAAAGAAGAUGAUAACGGAAAUUGGGUCCUUCGGAUUCAAAAGCGGCCAAAAGAAAGACCGGGCAGCCUCCCACCGGAUCCUCCUGAAGAGAGACCCGGCCUUCACUGUGGCUUCCUACGGCCUGGCUCCCAUCCCGGAGGAAGAGCCAACUCCCCCAUUUCCCCUUGACUGAUCUCCCCGGCUGCGCCCGGUUGAAUUAUCUUGUAAAACUUUGAACUCAUUUCCCUGGGAAUGCCCGGUGUAUCUCUAAACAUUUAACAUGCUUGUUCCGUUUGAAUGCCAUGUUUAAUUUCCUUAUUGGUUAAUCUUUCAUAUCUGCUUGCUUGUUGAUUUAUACUUUGCUCUUGCUUCUUAUAAAUUCUGACCGGUAAAUAAAUCAGACCACUUCUC